CUCAUCAUUUAAAACGUGCUGCCAUCUGUUUGACAGAUCAUCCGGAUUUUUGUUGACAAAUCGAAAUAAUUUGUUUCAGCGAAUUUUGUUGCAUUAUCGUGAUUAUGCUGCAAUGUAGAGUGGGCUAAUCGAGGGCAAAAAAGUGCCCAGCAAUUAUGCACUCUCAUCAGCAUACCGAUUCGCACGGCAAAGAAAAUGGACAUUCUCAUCACCAUGGCCACAGCCACCAUCAUCACGAGCAUGUCCAAACAGAGAUUGAGCUUGGCACCCCAGUGGAUUCCAGUUUUAUUCAGCGCCAAUAUGGUUCUUUUUGGCAGAACAUCAGCAAAGAGAUCGGCUCCUUGUUAACACAGAGUCAGUCAAGGCGAGUUGUGGUGUUAAUAGCUGCAAAUCUGCUGUGCAGUGGACUAAUAUAUUCUUGGUGUGAUAGCACGAAUAGCAUAGCACUAGAGGCUUACAGCUAUACAAUAUGGUUCAAUUUUGUGAGUCUGUGCACAAGCCUCCUCUCACAGUGGGUUUCAACAAAAGGAACCAGCCAUUUUUACACACUUGGUUACGAGAGAUUUGAAGUACUCGCUGUGUUUACCAGCACUGUCCUAGCGCAGUUGGGGGCUCUCAUUGUGACCAAGGAGAGCGUAGAACGACUUUUGGAUCAACCUUACAUUCACACGGGCCGCCUACUGUUUGGUGGUGGCUUUGCAUUUGUCAGUCAUUUGUUGGUGCUCUACGGAAACCAUAACCCUGCCCUGGAGUAUGUGAUGAGUGCUGCCUCUUCCAGUUGGCUGCAGGACCACGUGUCUGACCUCAGCCACAUUUUGUGCUCAGCAAUGCCUCCUCUGAGGUCUCUUCUCCUCCCAAGGAUCAAUCCAAUGCUGCUUGUUUCCCUAGCAGGAUUUCUUUCCAUACUUUUGACAGACUUACUGAUAGAAUUCAGGGAUUACCACAUGAUGGACACCCUGGCUGCAUUUGUGAUUAUAAUUGUUACCUGUGCCACCAUGUUUCCAAUGAGCGUUUAUAGUGGCAAAGUUUUAUUACAGACCACACCCGCUCAUACAGUAGGCCAAUUGGACAAGUGCUUACGAGAAACACUAACCAUUGAUGGCGUCCUUGAGUUCCGCAAUGAACACUUCUGGACACUUUCGUUUGGAAAACUGGCUGGCUCGCUUCACGUAAGGGUGCGAAGAGAUGCUGACGAGCAAAAGGUUCUAGCUCAAGUGAUCGCGAGGCUGUCGCCCCUUGUGCCAGUGCUCCGAGUGCAAGUGGUCAAGGAUGACUGGCAGCAUUCCUCCUCAUCACUGUUCUCGUCACCUCAAGUGACCUUUUCCCCGUCCCCGUUUAACUCCACACAGCCAAACAACAACUUGCUCUUCUCAGGCGUUACGUCCCUUGACCCUGAUAAAUUCCCAUUCAAACCGCACUGAUGGCUUUAGUACUUACUAAGCUUUUCCAGUGCAUGAUUGUAUAAUAUAAUAAAUAUUUGGAUUUAUAUUACUAA